ACCACCGAAGAAGUAACUUCGGAGCGAAUACCGAGGUAACUAUUAUUUAACCUGUGACCGAGCGAUAACCUGCGAUUCAUACGGACUACGGAGCCCUGUGAUUGUUGAGUAUAAUAAAGAAGAGGAAGAGAACAAACUUUCGGAACCUGUCAUCCUGGUUUCACUCCACUAAAGUACACUGUAAUACAACACCACUUUAUCAUUCUCAGUAUAUGGUAUAAUCUGUGAUAUGAAACUCUCGAGUGCUUGUUAAAGACUGAAUAACUAAUAAGGAUAAAUAAAUAGUGCUUUUUAUCUACCAAGCGUAUGACUCAUUCGGAGGUUCGACUUAUCUUUCAGCCGACAGGCCGAAGGUCGACUUGUACAACUAAUUUGUAAUAACCCGUAUAUAGCGUCUGGUCGCAUACCUUUAUAUAUUUCAAUCUUCCUUACAAAGGUCACAGGUUAAAUUGCGAUCCUGCCUACCCCAAUAGAGAUAACGAGCGCCCUAACCCUUUGUCCGUUGUCAAACAGGAAACACGCCUUAGCAGUCAUAUCAGUUAUCUGCUUUUCACUUAUCUUCCGGUAUCUGAAGCGGUUUAUCGCUUAUUGUAGAUUAUUUCAGUGUUGCCUUUCGCGGCUGCAGUUGUGUUGUUAAUAUUUGUAACAUUUUGAUAUAUUCUGUAUUUCCCGCCGCGUUUCUGGUAUCGUAGACAUGGAAACGUUCUCUGAUAUCAACCCGUUUAAUUUAAACGUGGCUAAUACUAGCCAAUUGCCGGACAAAGGCAAACAUCCCGAAGACGCAUCAAAAGAUAAAGUGAAGUUCGAUCCUGAAAGUUUAUAUUACGACAUGACUGGAGAGAAGUACCUCUUUAUAUUCAACCACGAAGAGUUUGAUCCGGAAUCAACGUCUUAUUACCGCAAGCCUCCGGAGAAGCGCACAGGCACCGACGAAGACGUGAAGAAACUAAAAAUCACAUUCGACAAGCUCGGAUUCAAAAUCGAGGAAUUCCACAACAAGAAACGGUCCGUAAUUUGGGAUACGUUUUGUAGAAUUCGUGCAACCAACUACAGCAAAGCGUCCUGCUUCUGCGUGGCUAUUCUGACACAUGGCUUGUGUGGCGGUGACCUAUGCGCAUAUGACACAACCUACCCGUUUAGCGACGUGCUGAAGCUAUUCGAGAGUCACCCUACAUUGGCUGGCAAGCCCAAGCUGUUCUUUAUCCAGGCUUGUCGCGGCAGGAGCUUAGAUGAUGGAAACAAGAUCGGCAUCGACGGUGCUAAGAAGGAUAAAGUGUUCACCAUUCCGUCACAUGCCGACUUUCUCAUCAUUAGGUCUACAGUGGAGGAUUACCUCUCGUACCGUGACUGUCGCGGAUCAUGGAUGAUACAGGAACUCUGUAAAGCAAUCAUGAAGUACCCACAUCUGGAUAUUCUACACUUGAUAACCCUGGUGCAGAGGGAAGUUGCAUAUGGUUACGCGACAAAUACACCCGGGAAAACUGCCACUCACAACAAGCGUCAAAUGCCUGAAACUACGUUUACUUUGACGAAGUUUCUCAAGUUUUAAAUAAGGAAUGGUGAUGCAUU